ACCCACCAGCUCGAGCGAAAGUCCGUCCCCAGUCCACGGCGAGCUCCGCUUCUCUUCUCUUCCCCGACGCACGGCACGGCGCGGCGGAAAAAUUAAAGCGGACACGAGGAGGGGGAAAAAAGCAGUCUUGCACGCACGCACGAACUCCCACUCCCCUCCCGUCCCCUCCCCGCCGUCCUCCCCCGAGCAGCCGCUCGCCGGAUCUCCGCCCCAGAUCCACCCCCCAUGCCGCCCCCCGCGUCGCGACCCAGCUAGCCGGCCGCCCGCCACCCACCCAAAUGGGCCGCCCCAGGCCGCUCAACUCGGGCGGCAUCGACCCCAUCGCCGAGGAGUCGCCGCCGCACCACCACGCCCCUCCCCACGCCGCCCCGUGCGCCGACCCCGCGGCCCUGGCCUGCGCGAUCUCCGCGCAGGCCAGCGCCGUGCUGGCCGUGAUGCGCCGGGGCCUCCGCCACCCGCGCGCCGCGGCCGCCGACGACGCGGCGGCCGACCACCCGCUCGUGGCCUCCCUCAAGGCCCUGCCCCGGCUCGCCUUCGCCCCGCUCGCCGCCGCCUCCCCCUCGCUCCCGGCCGCCGCGCUGCGGCCCUUCCUCGACGCGGUGCGCUCCGAGGACGCCGGCGCCGACGCCACCUCGGCGGCCCUCGCCGCGCUGCACGAGGUCAUGGCGCUCACGGCCCCCGCCCUCCCGGGCUCCGCGCUGCGGGAGGUCGUCGACGCCGUCGCCUGCUGCCGCUUCGAGGCCGGCGCCGAGCCCGCCGCGGAGGAGGACGUGCUCAUGCGGAUGCUGCAGGCGCUGCUCGCCUGCCUCCGCGCCCCCGCCGCGCCCGCGCUCGGCAACCAACACGUCCUCACCGCCGUCAACACCUGCUUCCGCGUCGUCCACCAGGCCGCCGCCAAGGGCGACCUCCUGCAGCGCUUCUCCCGCCACGUGAUGCACGAGCUCGUCCGCCUCGUCUUCGCCCGCCUCCCGCUGAUAGGCACCGGCGACGCAGACGACACUGCCGUCAAACCAGAGAUGGGUGGCAUGGAUAAGAAUCAUCCAUUUGGUAUCGGGCAAAUGGAAAAUGGAAACGGAAGCUAUGUGUCCGAGGCAGGCACACCUGAUGAGAAUUCUCCGGAUGGUAGUGUCCUUGUUGUGGAGCCAUAUGGAACAACUUGCAUGGAGGAGAUUUUCCAUUUCCUAUGCUCUCUCCUCAGUGGUGUCGAGCUGAACGGGUAUGAUGAAGGUCAACCUUUGUUUGCUCUGAAGUUGAUCAAUUCAGCGAUAGAGCUUGGUGGGUCUGCAAUUGGGAGGCAUCCAAAGGUGCUGUCGCUGGUCCAAGAUGAGCUUUUCCGAAACCUAAUGCAGCUUGGCUUAUCGAUAAGCCCACUUACUCUUUCAGUGGUGUGCAGCAUCGUGUUGAAUCUUUACCAUCACCUCCGCAAUGAGCUCAAGAUGCAGCUUGAGGCCUUUUUUUGUUGCAUAAUUCUAAGGCUCGCACAGCCCCGAUUUGGAGCAACAUAUCAUCAGCAGGAGGUUGCAAUGGAAGCUCUUGUAGACUUCUGUCGACAGAAGAAUUUUAUGGUGGAGAUGUACGCCAAUCUUGACUGUGACAUAACAUGCAGGAAUGUGUUUGAGGAGCUUGCAAAUCUUCUAUCAAAGAGUGCAUUUCCUAUUAACUGCCCCUUGUCUUCUAUGCACAUCCUUGCACUGGAAGGCUUGAUUGCUGUGAUUCAGGGAAUGGCUGAUCGAAUUGGGAAUGCAACCUCUGGCCCUGAACUAAGGUCUGUGGAACUUGAUGAAUAUGCUCCAUUCUGGACUGUUAAGUGCGAGAAUUUUUUGGAUCCUCAGCAUUGGGUGAAAUUUGUCCGCCAAAGGAAGUAUGUCAAGAGGAGGCUAAUGAUUGGUGCUGACCACUUCAACAGGGACCCGAAGAAAGGUCUGGAGUUCCUUCAAGGCAAUCAUCUGUUGCCCGAGAAGCUUGAUCCGCAGAGUGUGGCUUGUUUUUUCCGCUACACAGCUGGUCUGGAUAAGAAUCUCGUAGGAGACUUUCUCGGCAAUCAUGACGAGUUUUGUGUUCAGGUGCUUCAUGAGUUUGCUCAGACCUUUGACUUUGAGGAGAUGAACUUGGAUACAGCUCUGAGGUUAUUUUUGGAGACAUUCCGACUACCUGGAGAAUCUCAGAAGAUACAGAGGGUUCUUGAGGCCUUUUCAGAUAGAUACUACGAGCAGGCUCCGCAAGCUUUUGCAAAUAAGGACACUGCUUUGCUGCUGUCUUACUCAAUUAUAAUGCUGAACACUGAUCAGCAUAACAUGCAGGUGAAGAAGAAGAUGACUGAGGAGGACUUCAUAAAAAACAACAGGAACAUAAAUGGGGGUAGUGACCUCCCACGUGAGAUGUUGUCUGAGCUAUACCACGCUAUCUGCCGAAAUGAGAUUAAGACCACGCCUGAGCAGGGCAUGGGAUAUUUGGAAAUGUCUCCCAGCCGUUGGAUAGAUCUAAUGCGGAAGUCCAAGUCAACACCCCAGUAUAUUGUUGGUGAUUCUCAGCCUUUCCUCGACCACGAUAUGUUUGCUAUCAUGUCCGGCCCUACUAUUGCUGCCAUUGCAGUGGUAUUUGAUCAUUCGGAACAUGAAGAAGUUCUGUUGACCUGUGUGGAUGGCUUCUUGGGCAUCGCAAAGAUCUCAGCAUUUCAUCAUCUUGAAGACGUUUUGGACGAUCUUGUUGUUUCUCUCUGCAAAUUCACCACUCUUUUGAAUACCUCUUUGGUUGAGGAACCAGUCACCGCCUUUGGAGAUGAUCUGAAGGCUAGAUUGGCAACUGAGACACUGUUUACCAUAGCUAAUAAAUAUGGGCAUUACAUACGUACUGGCUGGAGGAAUGUAUUGGAUUGCAUCCUGAGACUGCAUAAGCUAGGGCUUCUUCCUGCCCGUGUUGCUAGUGAUGCAGCUGAUGAUUCAGAAGUUUGUGCUGAAACUGUCCAAGGAAAGCCUGUUCCUAGCUCAAUCUCCACAUCUCACAUUCCAGUGAUGGGCACCCCUCGGAAAUCCUCUGGACUCAUGGGAAGAUUUAGUCAGCUACUCUCGCUUGACAGCGAGGAACCAAGAUCACAACCAACCGAGCAGCAACUUGCUGCCCACCAGAGGACUCUUCAGACAAUCCAGAAGUGCCGCAUUGAUGGUAUAUUUACAGAGAGCAAAGUUUUGCAUCCUGAUUCACUAUUGCAGCUUGCCAGGGCACUGAUAUGGGCCGCAGGGCGGCCUCAAAAGGUUGCCAGCUCGCCAGACGACGAAGACACAGCAGUAUUCUGCUUGGAACUUCUCAUUGCCAUCACGCUUAACAAUCGAGAUCGAAUUGUGCUCCUCUGGCAAGGCGUAUAUGAGCAUAUUGCCAACAUAGUUCAGUCCACAGUCAUGCCAUGUGCCCUUGUGGAGAAAGCUAUUUUUGGCCUUCUGCGGAUAUGCCAGAGGUUACUUCCAUACAAAGAGAACCUUGCUGACGAGUUGCUGAGGUCAUUGCAAUUAGUUCUGAAGCUGGAUGCACGUGUAGCGGAUGCAUACUGUGAGAAUAUUACACAAGAGGUUGCACGGCUUGUCAAAGCAAACGCGAGACACAUAAAAUCGCAGAUGGGUUGGAGAACUGUAGUGUUGCUGCUCUCCAUUACAGCUCGCCACCCAGAUGCUUCAGGGGUAGGCUUUGAGGCUAUCAUGUUUGUCAUGUCAGAGGGUCACCUUUCAAGAUCAAAUUAUGCCUUCUGCAUUGAAGCGUCAAGGCAGUUUGCCGAGUCCAGGGUUGGUCUAACAGACAGGUCCAUUCGUGCCCUGGAUUUGAUGGCUGAUUCGGUCACUAAUCUUGCCCGGUGGUCGCAAGAUACAAAAGAGCCAGGCGAAGAUGCUGAUAGAGGGUUGGAAGCAAUCAGGGAGAUGUGGCUCAAACUGCUGCAAGCGCUGAAAAAGCUGAGCUUGGACCAGAGAGAAGAGGUGCGAAACCACGCAUUGGUUUCACUCCAGCGAUGCCUAACAGCGACCGAAGGGAUAGGCCUCCAGUCCACCACAUGGUCACACGCUUUUGAUCACGUCAUAUUCGUGUUGCUGGACGACUUGCUGGAAAUCGCCCAGAACCACUCACAGAAGGACCACAGGAACAUGGAAGGAUCCCUCGUGCUCGCCGUGAAACUGGUAGCGAAGGUCUACCUUCAGCUGUUACCAGACCUCUUCGGGCUGAGCAGCUUCUGCAAGCUGUGGCUGGGGGUCCUCAGCCGGAUGGAGAAGUGCAUCAAGACCAAGGUCCGGGGCAAGCGCAGCGACAAGCUUCAGGAACUGAUCCCGGACCUUCUCAGGAACAUCCUGGUCGCGAUGAAGAGCAGGGGGAUCCUCGCCAAGAGGAGCACGAUAGGGGGCGACAGCCUGUGGGAGCUGACGUGGCUCCAUGUGAACAACAUCUCGACGGGCCUGCAGUCGGAGGUCUUCCCGAGCCAGGAGUAUGAGCCGCCGAGCAAUGCCAGUAGCCCGAGAGGGGGGCUGAACGACGUCGAGAUUAAGAACUAGAAGAAGCUCAUGGGUAUUUCGCAUUUCGCCCAUUGAGACGUAAGGUUUUGAUAUUGUAACCGCAUUUCGCCGCCUCCAUUGUAUGUAUAUUUAUUCUGUCCGAGUUGCUGUUGUUGUGUAAAACUGUGGCAGCAAUGUGAGCAGAUUGACAUGUUUGCGCUGCUGACCUGAUGAGUGGCUGUGAUGCACGUAUCAUCAGCACUGGAAAUGCUGUUGUUUCAGAGAAAGUUUGUGUGCUGGUUUGUAUAAAUUUGGCUCCUUUUCUAAUUGGGACUUGUUUGGAAGA